AUGAUAUAUAAUAAUAGUUGUAAUGAAAAUGUAUCUAUAUGUGGGGAAUAUGCAAUUGUGGUUUCAAAGCCUGGAUUAAAUGCUUCAAAAGAAGAUGUAUUAUUUUAUGCAAAUGAUUUGUUUUCGAGGUUUAAAAUCGGAAAUAAUGAGAUGAAGAAAAAAGGGUUGGUUUGUUUUUAUGAAUUGAUUCAAGAAAAUGACAAGUUUUUGAGAGUUGCAAUGGAAGAAGUUGAAGGAUUUGGUUAUGCAUUGAUUGAGUUUUUAGGCUUAAAAGAUGUCGGUAUUCAAGACGAGGUUUUGAAAAGUUUAGAUAUUAUUUGUGGGUUUGUUGAGUAUAGAAAAGGGUUGGUUGGAAAUGGGCUUGUUGCGCCUUUGGUUCGGGUUUUGGAGAGUGGGAGUUGUUUGGGGAAAAGUUUGUGUUGUAUGUGUUUGAUGAAGUGUACGGCGGGAGGUGAAAAUGCUUGGGCGGUUUCGGCUCAUGGUGGUGUGACUUCAUUGUUGAGAAUCUGUGCUAGUGAAGGUGGGAAUGGAGGUGAGUUGGUCGGUUUAGCUUGUGGAGUGUUGAAGAAUGUGGUUGGUGUUAAAGAAAUUAAGAGGUUCAUUGUUGAAGAAGGCGCACUUACGAUUUUUGUUAACCUUGUUAAGUCUAGAAAUGAGGUUUGUCAGAUUAGUGCUAUGGAGUUUCUUCAAGCUACGGCGUUUGAGGAUCAAGUAGUGACGAAUCUAGUUGUUGAUGAAGGUGGGAUUCGUGUUUUGGUUCAUGUUUUGGAUCCUAACUCGUCGUUUUCGUCCAAGACUAGAGAGACGUCUAUAAGGGCGAUAACGAGUUUAUGUUUGGAUUUAACGAGAUUGAAUAGUUUGGUGAGUUGUGGUUUUAUCGAUUACAUACUCUACUAUCUACGCAAUGGUGAGGUUUCUGUACAAGAGGCAUCGCUAAAAGCUGCUUUUUGGUUAAGUGGGAUUUCGGAUGAUCUCAAGAAAGCUAUGGGAGAAGCAGGGUUCAUGCAAGAACUCGCCAAAUUUGUGGCUGCAAAGUCCUUUGAGGUACGUGAAAUGGCAAUUCAGACAUUGUCAAAGUUGAUUUCAAUACCCAAAAACCGAAAAAGAUUUGUGGAAAAUGAUCAAAAUGUGAGCUUGCUUAUGCAAUCCAUUGACCAAGAAGAAGGAACUUCAAGUCACAAAAAACUUUUACUCCCAGUAAUCAUGUCAUUGUCGGGAUGUACUAGUGGCCGAAAGAAAAUUUUGAAUUCUGGGUACUUGAAAAACAUUGAGAAACUAGCAGAUGAGCAAGUUUCAGAUGCUAGAAAGAUUGUUAGGAACCUAUCUUCGAAUAGAAUUGCUCGUAUGAUAAAAGGGAUUUGGCACUAA